CUACCCUCAAAAAAGAAGAAGCUAAAAAGGGUGGCACUAAUAAAAAAUCUUCUUUACCAAAAUCUCAUUUCCGACAUUUCUAUAUUCAACAGCAUAUAUAUACCCUAUAAAAUUUACCCAAAAAUACAUUCCCCGCAAAAGCUCUCACCUGCCAGAUUAACGAGGGGAAAAGGAAAAAAAAAGCUUCCCGAUUCCACUUAUUUCAUCCUCGGUGAUUUGAUCUAUUACUGUGGGAAUAAGUGGAGGUGGAUUUCUUUUGAAAAUUUAAGUCCUUGGUCCUUGUGUAAAUUCUCACUUCUGAGGUGAUCUCUUAUGGUUGGUACUUGGUAGUGCGAGCAAAGGAUGAUGUUGAGCUUGCUUUCAUGAACUAGACUCUGCCUUUGGUGAAUAAACUGUAUAUAUAUCCAAUGGGUGUGAACACAUUGUUCAUUUCUGUGGCUUGUACUGCUCUAAGCCUAGUCGGCCUUCAGUAUUGGACCGAUGUUUCACUUGAAAAGCAUAAAUCAAAUGGUUUGGUUGUUGAUGAAUUUAUUAAUUUGGAAGAUGUAAGCCAUGCCUUGGAUUUACUCUUGGGUUCGUACACCACUCUUCUGUUGGUGGCCUGUUUUGCAACUAAUGUAGCUGUCUUGAUAAUUUUAGGCUUAAAGACAAUAUUCUUUUCAGAGUUGUAUACAUCAGAGAUACGGAAAAUGCUUGAGCGCCUUAUUAAUUAUAUCAUAUAUAAGAGUUGUACUAAUAUGCUUUUGAUAGGGAACUUUUCUUCCAUUAGUGGUUCCACCAACAAUAUUUCAAGCAGGACUGUGGUCGACUUGAUGUUUCAAGCUUUGGCCAGGGAUCGACUUGAACGAUUGAAUGUUUCUCCCUCUGCCACCCCUUGGACAUACUUCCGCGUAUAUUCUGCGCUGUUGUUUGUUCUCUCUGGUGACUUGCUCUGGAUCUUGCUGUGUCUGAUAAUAUACAAUGAGACUAGUUCACCAAUGUUUUUGUUGUUAUUCUUUGAGCCUUCAAGCAUUGCUUUUGAAACAUUACAGGCAAUUGUGGUUCAUGGAUUUCAAUUGCUUGAGAUAUGGCUUCAUCACUCUGCAGGAGAUAGUGCGAGUUGCCGGUUAUCAAAAAUCUUGGAUAUAUCCCCAGCAGGCUCUUUGGGGGAGUGGAAAGGCAUCCUCAUCCGAAAUUUGGGGUUUUUCCUGGACAUGAUGACAAUGCUGAUGGCUCUUGCUCAUUAUUUGCAUAUUUGGUUUCUUCAUGGAAUGGCAUUUCAUCUUGUGGAUGCUGUCCUUUUCCUAAAUAUCCGGGCCAUUCUAGGUGCGAUUGUGAGACGUGCUAAGGGUUUCAUCAAACUGCGUGGUGCUCUGGGAACCCUUCAUGGGGCCCUUCCGGAUGCCACAUCUGAAGAGCUCGGAGUAUAUGAUGAUGAGUGUGCAAUUUGUAGGGAACCGAUGGCAAAAGCUAAGAAGCUGUCUUGUAAACAUCUUUUUCAUCUCGCGUGCUUGAGAUCUUGGUUGGACCAAGGUUUAGCUGAGAGUUACUCGUGCCCCACUUGUCGGAAGCCACUAUUUGCAGGCAGACCUGAAAAUGGGGCUAGUACCAGGGCUGCCGAAAUUCCAAGAGAUGAGCAGCUAGCUCGUUCAUUGAGCACUGGGCUUGAUAGGCCAAAUCUUCCCGGUCAUAAUCCUCAUCCUGGAGUCUUCCCUAGCCAGUCACAGAAUCCAGAGAGGGUAAGUGGGAUCGACUCAAGCUGGUUGAGUUUAGAUGGGGCUGGACCGUCUAGGCUGAGUCGUGUUCAGAUGGUAGUGAGACAACUUGCAGCUGUAGGAGAAACUUAUGACCAAACUGUCCUUGAGGAUGCUGCUUGGAGUCUUUUCCCCCCGAAUCCCUCUCAGGCUGGAACAUCCAGGUCAGCAGCUACACCUGCUGCUAGUACAUUACACUAUCCUAGAGGUGCUGGUGGUUUUCACAUGAGGUCAACAUCACAAACUGUGAAUGGUAGCCUGGCAAAUAUAAUGGCCAUGGUUGAAACAGUACGGGAAGUGCUGCCCCAUAUUCCUGAUGACCUAAUCUUUCAGGAUUUGCAGCGGACAAAUUCGGUGGCUGUCACUGUGAAUAAUCUUUUGCAAAUGUGAUAUUGUUUGAAUAUAAUAUAUUGAAAAAGAAAGGUCUCGCUCGGAAGCAUGAGAAUUAUCCAUCUGAUUGUGGAGCUUUGUGCCUAAAAUUCUAAAUCUGAAUUUCUGUACAUAGAAGGUGGCAUAGUCAAACCACGCCUUGGGAUCGUGUUGCAACUUCUGUUGGGAAAUAAAACAUGUUUUAUUCUGUAUGAAUGUUGGGUGUUUGUUGUACCAUCAUGUUGUAUUAGUUUUAGUCAUGUCUUAAUGUGAUGAUGCCUUAGCCUGCACCUCACAACACUAUAUCUGGAUAUGCAUUACUUGGAAGGUCCUUGAUCCAUAUAAUAAAGCCUGAGUUUUGUAAUAGUUAUUAAUGCCAUUGGAUUUCAACAUAUGAGCCUUGCUGAAUUGAUUCGUUUUAUAAUCAAUUUGCCCUCUCUCUGAAAAA